AUAUAAUUAAAUCAAAUUCAUCAGGAAAAAAAAUGAAAGAAAGAAAGCAAGAACGAGAGGGAGCUCAUCGAUUCGAGAUGUGGGUGAACCUGGUUUGAACUUUAAAGGCUCUCUAGCCGCUGAAAAUGGUGGACAUUCCAUUUAAUAAUUACUAAUAGUAAAACCCUUAAUCCUCUUUUUUUUUUUUUCUUUUCCUUUUUCCCGCCACCAAGAAAGAAGAUGUUGGAGGCAAGAAGCUUGAGAAAAGCAGUGAUCCCAUCAACUCUAAUUGAUAAUCCUUCUCCUGGAAAUAUCCAGCCCACACGUCUUGCCAUCCAUGUCAAUGAGGAUGUCUCCUCUUCUUGGGUUUACAUGGCUUCUGGCUCCAAUGUCUACAAGCUCCAGAUCCCAAUGCAAGAUUCUUCUCCUGUCAGUAAAGGAAAAGAAAGCCUCCUUAUCCCUGUACAAACACAGGUCCUGAACUCUUCAGUGGUUAACCGCUGUCCUCAUCGUUCAGAAAUUCAGAGUAUAGUGCUCUGUGAAACUGAAAGCCCUGGUUACUUAGUUUUGGGAAGUGUAGAUUGUUAUGGCCAUCUUAUCGUCUCUAAACUUGAUAGCAGUGGUAAAGACAUUGACAGGCUCACAUAUUCAGUAUUGCCACGGGAUUCAGGUGUUGGAGAAGGUAGUUGGGCAGGGCUCUGUUUCAGUCCAAGUCAAUGGUCAAUGGCAGCUGUAGCACGUAGCUUUUGCAAAAGCAUUGAUGUUUAUGACCAAGAUAUUCACCUGAGAACCUUACGGACACUCUGGUAUCCAUCCUCAUUGAAUUUUAUGAAGAAUUUAAGUAAUAGAGAUGACAGUUCAAUUUUAGCCAUUGCUGAGGGCUGCCAGCUGACAAUAUGGGACUUGAGAAUGAAAGAAAAUGGGGGUUGUCUACAUCGAAUAUGUGGUUCUCUUGGUGAUAUUUUCUAUGCUGUCUGCAGUUCCUCAACUGGUAAUAUAGCAGUAGGUGGAGCUGAUCGCAGUGUGACCAUUUAUGAUCCUCGCAGGUGGUCACCACUUUCAAGAUGGAUAAAUUGUUCAAAAUAUGAGAUAACUGGACUUGCAUUUUCCUCAGUGGACUCCGAUUACAUCUAUAUCCAAGGGGUUGACUAUGAGGUCUUUUGUGGACAAUGGAAAAGGAAUGAUAAGGUUUUUUCAUUUAGAGGAGACUCAAACUGGCUUGGGUUUAGUAAGUGCUCAAACAGGGAUGUACUGGGUGGGUGGUGUGAUUCUGGUAGUGUCUUUGUGGCUGAUGUUGUUGGAGCAAACGGGACCAAAAUAAACAACCUGCAAGACUUUUCAAAUGGUUCCCUUGGUGGAAGUUCAGCUGCCUUCUCAUCUACUCUUUAAAUGUCAAAAGAAUUUUCCUGAAAUCAGCAACCUUUCAUCAUCAUAUCUUCAAGCGGUUAUUUCAAGUAGCCAUUGCUUCCCAGUCAAGCCGUCACAUUAAUGAUCCAUAACCUGUUCUAACGGAAGAAGUCAAAGUGUAUAAUCCACUAAAAUACUUGUUUCCUGGAAAACAACAUCCACUUCAGUUUUGGGUUUGACCAUCCGGGUAUGCGCACUACGGGACAGGAACCUGAUCUGUCAUAUACUAUACGCAACUAUUAGAUCUUUGCAGUUAACUCCCUGAAUCCUGACAGGACGGGUAUGUUGGAGUUACAGCUGACUGAUACCUGCUGAUUUGUGAGCGACUCUAGUCCGAAUGAUCCUGUGCUGUUUAUUCAUGUGAGGUGUUAAUUAUCACUAUAGAAUUUCUUCUAAUUUGUUGAGCGUCCUGGAUUGAUUUAGAUGUUUUUUUCUUAGAAAAAUCUAUGGCCUUCAUUUCAGAAAAUGAUUUAGUAAACUCGUGCACAUAUCAUCUGAUAGAGUCAAUAUUCUCAUCCAGUGGCUAUUGGUUAUAAACUUUGUGAACACAUGAUUUUACUUAUUUGACACUUUUUAUUUGAAGCUUUUUACAACAACUGCA